AUGAGAUUCCAUGCUUGUGUGGAAGGUAGAGUGAUUGAAUUGCGAAAGGACCUAGAGGAAUCACGAUUGAAGGUAUUUACAUGGGCAUAUGGACCGCCUUUUGUGCACUUGAACAACAAGGUUAGUUCAUGGGCGAUUGAGCUAUUGAGGGGAGAAGGAAGUAGGAAGAAUGUUGAGAGGUGCGGUUGCGUGCUACCAGAGACAUAUGGACUUCCAUGUCUAUGCACAAUGCAGAGGUUCAGUGAGAAAGGUUUAGAGUUGUAUCCACACCACUUACAUCAUUUCUGGUCUUCUUUAAAUUACCAUGAUCCACCUGAUCGUGCACAGUGGGAGGACCAUGAUGCUAUUGAGAGCGAUAUUUUCGACAAAAUGGUGGAGGAGGUACGUUGUAGAGGACCAAAUUAUAUUCGAGUAGCUAUUCCAUCACUUCGAGCUCAUGUUCUCCCCGAGGACAUGGGUCUUCUUGAGCCUAGGGAUGCAGAGAUUCCGAGAGGUCGACCACCUAGGAGGGAGAACGCCCGAAAACGUUCUUGGUUUGAGCACGAGAGAUCACGAGAGGCACGCAGAAGUAAUACCAGCAGGACAAGCCCUCCGACGAGGGAUCUCACUCCCCCGAUGAGGGAUCCUACUCCCCCGAUGUCAGAUCCCACUCCCCCUAUGAGGUCAACACAUACAGGUUAG